CUGCAGUACGCGCAGCACGCGGGGCUCCAGACCUAGGUCGGCGAAGCUGCUCUUGGAUGACAGGUUCCGCAGCGCUGGUGCCUCGUGCUGUGCGCGCUCAAUGGAGAAAUGGUCCCAGCGGGCGCGCCGAUUCUUCCAGCCACGCGAAGCGAGUGGCGCGCUCUCCCAACGAGCCAGCGUGAGGCGCGCUGGCUGGUUCAACUCCGGCCGCCGCGCUGAGAUCAGCAGCCGGCCAGGUCGCACCAGCACCGGCCGCGGGGUGCUCCGCCGUCCAUUCUGCCGCUGUUCCUGCCGCCGCUGUAGAGCCCGUGGGAUGCGCACCACAGGUAGGGGCUCGUUGGGACCGCUAACCGCAAAGUCCCGUCGAGGCACCAGAAGGAACCGAGCCGUGAGCAUCAGCAGCCGAGGCGACCGUCCUAGAGCCAUGUUCUCCUGGGUGCUGGAGAGACGCAUGACAGUGACGUCACGGGCGCGCCAAGGCCUCGCAGACGGUGGCCGGCGCGGCUCAGCAAGGCACGCGGAGUUGGCGAACUGCAGGCAAGGAGGGAGAAUUUGUAGAAUUCAGCAGCGGCGAGGCUGUAGCAGAGGAGGAAUGCUUGUUAACAGCUUCUCACUGUGCUACCACAACAAACUCAUCUUAGCCCCUAUGGUUCGGGUAGGGACUCUCCCGAUGCGGCUGCUAGCCCUGGACUAUGGAGCGGACAUUGUGUAUUGUGAGGAGCUGAUUGACCUCAAGAUGCUUCAGUGCAAGAGAGUUGUCAAUGAGGUGCUCAGUACAGUGGACUUUGUCGCCCCUGAUGACCGGGUAGUCUUCCGCACAUGCAAAAGAGAACAGAGCAGGGUCAUCUUCCAGAUGGGGACUUCAGAUGCAGAGCGAGCGCUUGCUGUGGCCAGACUUGUAGAAAAUGACGUGGCUGGUAUUGAUGUUAACAUGGGCUGUCCAAAAGAGUAUUCCACCAAGGGAGGAAUGGGAGCUGCUCUGCUAUCAGAUCCUGACAAGAUUGAGAAGAUCCUCAGCACUCUUGUUAAAGGGACACACAGACCUGUGACCUGCAAGAUUCGCAUCCUGUCAUCGCUGGAAGAUACCCUGAGCCUUGUGAAGCGGAUAGAAAGGACUGGCAUUGCUGCCAUCGCAGUUCAUGGGAGGAAGCGGGAGGAGCGACCUCAACACCCUGUCAGCUGUGAAGCCAUCAAAGCUAUUGCUGAAACCCUCUCCAUUCCUGUCAUAGCCAAUGGAGGAUCUCAUGACCACAUCCAAGAGUAUUUGGACAUCGAGGACUUUCGACAAGCCACAGCAGCCUCUUCAGUGAUGGUGGCCCGAGCAGCAAUGUGGAACCCAUCCAUCUUCCUCAAGGAGGGUUUGCGGCCCCUGGAGGAGGUCAUGCAGAAGUACAUCCGAUACGCCGUGCAGUAUGACAACCACUACACCAACACCAAGUACUGCUUGUGCCAGAUGCUACGAGAACAGCUGGAGUCACCCCAAGGAAAGUUGCUUCAUGCUGCCCAGUCUUCCCAGGAAAUUUGUGAGGCCUUUGGCCUUGGUGCCUUCUAUGAGGAGACCACACGAGAACUGGACGCUCGGCGGGCUGAGCUCUUGGCCAGGACCCCAGAAGAGGCAGGGGAUCCGGCUCAAGACACCUCUGAUGUCAUUAAGAUGGCUGUCAAAUUUGACCGGAGAGCAUACUCACCCCAGAUCACCCCCAAGAUGUGCCUGCUGGAAUGGUGCCGGAGGGAGAAGUUGGCACAACCUGUAUAUGAAACCGUUCAACGCCCCCUGGAUCGCCUCUUCUGUUCUGUUGUCACUGUUGCUGAGCAAAAGUACCAGUCUACCUUGUGGGACAAGUCCAAGAAACUGGCGGAACAGGCUGCAGCCAUCGUCUGUCUGAGGAGCCAGGGCCUCCCUGAGGGUCGGCUGGGUGAGGUGAGCACCUCCUUGCACAAACGCAAGUGGGAGGCCCCUGACCAAGACCCUGGGGGGCCCAGAGCUCAGGAGCCAGCAAUGCCUGGGGAACUGUGCAAGAAGCUCUUUGUAGCCUUGGGAAGUGGUAAAGAGAGCUCUCUGGAAGGCUGGUGACCACUGUCCCUACCUCGGUGAUCCUUUCCAUGAGCCUGGCCCUAAGAUGACUUAGGUACAGAGCAUGAACCAGAGAGCUAUUGGAGAAUUUGCUGCCUCUGCCUGACAGGAGUUAAGAGGUUCUGGCUGGGCCAUCGGCCUGGAACAUGGGACAAGGGGUGCCCAGAGCGCCCAUCUCCUUUGGUAGGUCUGAUUGCAGGGCCAGGUUCCCAGUGAUCUCAGUAUUUUCUUUGAAAACGGGCUUUUCAGGUGGAACCUCCCCAACCUGAUAUUGGUACAGUGCAAUAAAGACACCCUCCAUCCUCACCCAUGGCUGGCUGCUUUAGCCUUGAUCAUCUUCACA